GGGAAGCUCACUGGCAUGCCCUUCCGUGUCCCCACCCCCAACAUGUCUGUUGUGGAUCUGACCUGCCACCUGGAGAAAGCUGCCAAAUAUGAUGACAUCAAGAAGGUGGUGAAGCAGGUAUCAAAGGGCCCCCUUAAGGGCAUCCUGGAGUAUACUGAGGACCAGGUUGUCUUCUGCGACUUCAACAGUGACACCCACUCCUCUACCUUCAAUGCUAGGGCUGGCAUUGCUCUCAAUGACCACUUUGUCAAGCUCAUUUCCUGGUAUGACAAUGAAUUUGGCUACAACAACCAGGUGGUGGACCUUAUGUCCACAAGGCCUCCAAGGAAUAAGAGCCCCCUGAACCACCAGCCCCAGCCAGAGCAAGAGGAAGAAAGAGGCCCUCAGCUGCUGGGGAAUCCCUGCCCCAACUUAUCCCCUAAAACACUGAGAAUCUCCCAACCUCCACUAUUUCCAUCCCAGACCCCCUGAAGAAGGGGAAGGGCUUUGGGAGCCCUACCUUGUCAUGUACCAUCAAUAAAGUAUACUGUACCCAGCCAAAAAAAAAAAAAAAAA